AUGGCUACUGGAUCCUGGGCUGAUGAGGAAGACGAACUUCCACCAACCAGAAUCAUCGACAACAAGGACGGCACCAAGUUGGUGAUCUCCUACAAGUUCAACGAAGAUAACAAGAAGGUUCAAAUAACCCAGAAGAUCAAACAUACCAUGAUAAGAGAACACGUUCAUCCUGCCGUGGCUGCCAGAAGAAAGUGGAAGAAGUACGGGGCCGAGAAAGAUAAGCCUGAAGGACCAGAUCUUAGUACCACCCAGAUCGGUGACCCUGUGCAAUUGAAAUUAUCGUUCAACAUGAAACAGGCAGAACUCGAAGAAGAAGAAAAACAGAAGGCCGAACAGAAGCUGACCACCAUCAACGUGUUCAAGUGCAGAUACUGUGGUGGGGAGCAUUUCACAGCUAGAUGUCCAUACAAAGAAACCCUUGGAUCAAUGUCACAAAGCACCGCUUCGAACCCACCACCAGAAGAUGAAUCGUCAGGUAAUGCGGGCGGUAGCGGCGGCAGCGGAUAUGUUCCACCACAUCUUAGAAACCGUAAGCCUGGCGAGGCUAGUAGUGGUGGUAAGUUUGAAAGAGAUGAUUCUACUACUUUGAGAGUCACCCAAUUGAACGAAAUUGUCGACGAAGACAUGAUCAGACACGAAUUGUUUGGCAACUUCCGUUCUAUACAGAGAGUCAACUUGGUCAGAAACAGAGAAACCGGGAAAUCUAAAGGUUUGGCAUAUGUGGCAUUCGCUACAAUUUCCGAUGCCGAACGUGCUUUGGAAAUGUACAACGGUAAGGGUUACCACAACUUGAUUUUACAAUUGGAAUGGUCUAAGCCAAAGAAAUGA